UCUCCCUCCUCUUCCUCGCCUGCUCUGCUCGCGGCGGCGGCGGCGGCGGCGGCGGAGCAAUGGCGCGGUCGGUUGGCGGCGGGUGGUGGCGGUCCCGGAAGACCCUGGUCGGGCUGGGGCUGGGCCAACUCGUCUCCCUCCUCGUCACCGCCACCGGCUUCGCCUCCUCCGAGCUCUCCCGCCGAGGUAUCAAUGUGCCAACGUCACAGUCGCUGCUCAACUACGUGCUGCUUGGGGUCGUGUACGGGAGCAUACUGCUAUACAGAAGGAAGUCUUUGCAGAUGAAAUGGUACUACUACUUAGUACUAGCCUUGGUCGAUGUAGAGGCAAAUUAUCUAGUUGUCAAGGCUUACCAGUACACAUCUCUGACAAGCGUUAUGCUUCUUGAUUGCUGGGCUAUUCCUGCUGUGAUAUUCCUUACAUGGAUGUUUUUGAAGACCAACUACAGAUUCAGAAAAUAUAGUGGUGUGGCGAUUUGUGUCUCAGGACUUGUGCUAGUUGUAUUUUCUGAUGUCCAUGCAGGUGAUAGGGCAGGGGGUACAAGCCCAGUUAAAGGUGAUAUACUUGUAAUUGCUGGUGCUACUCUUUAUGCCAUCAGUAACGUUAGUGAGGAGUUCCUUGUGAAAGUCGGUGAUCGAGUUGAGUUGAUGGGGAUGCUGGGACUAUUUGGAGCUAUCAUCAGUGCUUGUCAGAUAAGCAUAUUUGAACGCAAUGAGAUAAAAUCUAUACAAUGGAGUGUUGGUGCUGUGGUACCGUUUAUUGGGUUUGCAGUCGCAAUGUUCAUGUUUUACUCUCUAGUUCCAAUUUUACUGAAGAUCAGUGGUUCAACAAUGCUAAACCUUUCAUUGCUAACCUCAGACAUGUGGGCUAUUCUCAUCCGUUUGUUUGCCUACCAUGAAAAGGUCGACUGGAUGUACUAUGUGGCAUUCGGUGCAGUUGCAAUUGGGCUGGUUAUUUACUCAGGCGAUUCCAACAGCGACGAUGGCAGAAGGGGGCAAGUUGCUGAGGCCACUGAUGUUGAGGGAAAGCUACCUGAUGAGGAGGAGGCUGCUGUUCAUCCAAAAUGCCAGGGUGCAGCAUCAUCUGGCAUCCGAAAAUUCGAUGAUGGUAAAACUCCUCCCACUAUUAGACCUAACGAGCCACAUGCUCAAACAUGAAAGUAACUAUGGACUACAGAACAUAGUGGAAACAAAAAAGAAAAUCGAACAAGGAGAGAUUUUGUUAACGCGGAUAAUUAUGUUUGUGUUGAAGGAAAUGGCCCCUAUCAUGCCCUCAGCAACGAGGAGCUGAGCUGAGAGUUAUCUCGGGAAUGACUAGAAAUUAGGAUUAUAGAAUCAUAGUAUUGGAAUAAACAUGUGUGGUAGGUCAGCAUAUUCAUGCAAUUUGCUGUAAUGUAAUUUUGCAAUGUAUUCUUGUCUUCUCUUUGGUGCUUCUAAAGGAAGUUCCAGUUAGCCAGAAAGUAUUUGAGUGCAAAAUGUUGUAUUGGGGAAAUUCUCUGCCAUGUAACUGGGUACCGAAGAUUUGAUGUAUCAGGUGAUAAACAAGCAUAUUAUUAUGAUUUUUCUCAUUUUAUUUUUUCAUA